AUUGCAGCGACGGUGUUACCUAUGAAACUGCUCCAGAUGUCUGAUCGAAAAAUGGAAACCCGAGUUUUGCAGCAAAUGCUCCAGACGACGGCCCAGGCCGUCGCCCGAAUCCAACGUGAGCUUGAGAUUGGUGGAUCACCACAACCGGUACGCGAGAACCGUGUCUUAUCUUUUCACUCUAUCAUCAGAAUCCCGUUUUUGCAACCCUAUUAAGGUCACUGAUCAGCAAAACCAGCCUCGACGUCAAAAUAGGGCGAAUGUUGCGGCAACCGACGUCAGCGCCCAUGAAGAACUUGGCGAGGUACUGCAUAACUUCUGUCUGGAAGUGGUGACAGCCAUUGGUGUCCAACCAAUACAAAGAGCGGUGCACGGCCUUUUGAUCAGAGGGCCGCCAUAUAGCACGCCGAGCCUUCCUUCGACCGGGAAUGUGGGUUGCGCCCCCUAGGCUUCGUCGCUUGGAAACAUUUGUUGACGUAAAAUGAAGAAGCGAAAGCAGGGCGAUGAAGACCGACCGCCUAGACCAGGAAAGCAGACACGGAUUGAUUGCAUCCGUAGCAGCGGAAGGUGUGUCCAUUUUGAUCAUGUGUUCGAUGACGGCCAUGCACAGAGAAAGAAAACAUUAGUGCAGCACCCAAAAGUGCCUGGUAGAUGGUACAUUCUCCGAUGCGAUGAACAUGACAUCGACUUUGGACACAAGGCAUUCCUUCGCGCAGGGGCGCAUCUCAGUAGUGCACAACACGGGCGCCUGUCUCGCGACUCGGAAGUCGUCAUUGAGCACUUCGGUACCGAGGUCUUGAACUGUGACGAGGACCUGGCGGCUAUGAACAAUGCGUCUGGUCACACAGUGUUGUGCAAGAAGCGCAAGCACAAGCGACUGUCUGCGAGGAUGGCCCAGAAGCGACGCAAGUGUGUUGAGUAUGCUCCGCUAGCCUACCCAAGCGCUGGUCAGCUAUAUCGUGGACUUUGGGGCAAAGGAAAGAAAAGCUGGGCUGUCUUGGUUCUACCCACUGAGGGCAUUGGAGAGGUCGGCAUGUCCGGCUCAAUGGAGUCUCUCGGCCUAACCAAGGCGAUACCGCCGUGUUACAUCUAUGAUGAGCGAACAAGGGCGUUUAGUUGGGCUGAAGGGUACGAAGAUGGGGGUCCAAAAACUGCGGAGCGCAAAUUUCCGGUUGCCUACUUCAGCGGCUCAGGCUUUCCAGAAAAAAGUACCGUGGGAUGGUUGGGUGCUAAGGACCUCGCGCCACUCGAUGUAGGGAACUUGGACAGCGUUGGUAUCCCGCAUGCAGAGAUGGUACGUGAGUACCUUCGACAGCGAAAUGCUGCUCCGGCAGCCGUGACGGACCUCGAAGUCUGCACUGCUUUCAUUAGUAAGUUUCCAAUAUCCUCAAGCUGCUCUUUACUCAUGCCCUCCCUGCGCCGGACACUUGGAAAACUACAAACUGCUCCUCAUCCCCUGUCUUCCCAACGACGCGACAGCCGACGCCCGCAUCCAAGACUGCGGAUGCAUCUACACCGAUUAUCCCUGAACCGACCAGUUAUGCCCACCAUCAAGCCAUUGCGUCACCGAGCCAUGAUAUUCAAAGCAUGCACAAGUCCCCGGGUCAAUCUUUGCUGGGUCCUGGAGGGGGGCAAGUUGAGGUCAUUGACUUGACAAUGGAAGCCUCUGAAUCAUCAACAGGGGGGAGCAGGUGCGUUGAAUACACCACGGAGCCAAGAUCUAGAGACAAGCUUACCCUGAACAGCCCCGUUCUUUC